AUGGCUUCUGAGGGCGAAAUUUUCUACUUUUCUGGGCCAUUACACCUUACUCUUAUUGAUUGGAAAAACACACAUCACAGAAGAUCCAUAGCUGCCAGCUUGGUUAAUGGAGUGUACAUUCUAGAAAUGGACCGCCAGCACAAACGCCAAAGACCUCAAGCUCUUGCUCCACCCUGGUGGGAUUUCUUCCAUUUUAGAUUAAUCCGCUUGCUAGUGGAUGAUGAUGAUCACUCCAUCUUUGGCGCUAUCUAUGAGUUCAAAUUUCCAGCUUGCCACUUGAACUAUUCACCCCACAAUCCUCCAAGAUAUGUUAUUGCCUUUAGAGGCACCAUCAUCGAACCAGAUACCACAUUACAGGAUCUCAAGUUGAAUCUUCAGGUCAUUGUCAAUACUCUUCAACAUAGCCGCCGCUCUAAGGUUGCCGUGCAAGCUGUGCAGCAUAUGGUUGCUUCUGCUGGAGCUGCAAAUAUCUGGUUAGCGGGACAUUCUCAGGGUUCUGUAAUAGCUCUGCUGGCUGGAAGGAACAUGACCAAGUUGGGUUUUCGUCUUGAAACUUACCUCUUCAAUCCACCAUUCUUUUCGGCACCUAUAGAACAUUUCAAGAAUGAAAAGUUGAAGCAUGGAGUCCGCUUCACAACUAGUAUCAUCACAGCUGGACUUGCUGUAGCCGUGAAGGGUCGCCAUAAAAAACCAAACCAAACUGAUCCAUUCAGUGUAUUAUCUGGAUGGGUUCCAUACCUUUAUGUUAAUCCAUCGGAUCCGAUUUGCUCAGAGUAUAUUGGAUAUUUUGAGCACAGGGAUAAGAUGAUGGAGAAUGGUGGCACUGGGGGACGAAUUGAAAGGCUUGCAAUGCAGAAUUCAUUAGGAAGUCUUCUACUCUCUGGUGCAUUUGGAAAGGAUUCAGAACCAGUACAUCUCCUUCCUACUGCAUAUCUGACAACUAAUCUGAGCCCCACUAAUAAUUGGAAAGAAGCUCAUGAAAUCCGUCAAUGGUGGAGACCGGAUUUGUACUCGCAAUCCAAACUACACCAAUGCAGAUGAUAGCUUGAUCUUGAUUGUCAUGGCGGCAAAAGUACCAGUGAAAUACUCCAAUGGAAACUUUACCUCCUCCUUCUUCUUAAUGCGAACUCUAG